AUGCCUCGCCGUUCUUCACUAAAGGGAGGCAGUGAUACUCCAAGGCAAUUCCGUCGCAACUCCCUUAAUUUUUCAGGCGAUGUAUCCGUGACAACUAUCACACCCGCAUUAGAACUAGCAAAUAAAAAGUCCCUAUGGUUUGAUGACGAGGAAUAUGCUAAGAUCGAGGAUAAGAUUUACAUGAUUGCUGAACGCGCUCAGGAGGGAGGCGGAGGGCGCAAGCACUGCACUCGAGGACUGGAGAAAAUCAUCCACUUGGGAACCGAGACACGUCGUUGUGCCGCUUGGGAUGCUGUUUUGCUCGAGCAAGAGAGUCAAAUCCAAUCUGGUGCCAAGUUUUUCGACGAUGCCGCCCUCUCCCGAGCUUACCAAGAGGCGUGA